AUGUGGUUUGCAUACAUUUCUCCUACGGAACCAUGUCUGCUGUCAGACGUUCUCAUCACGCCAGACAACAGCAUCAGCAAGCAAUGCUCCGAGCACUAUCUGCCGCAUCUACUGCCCCAUAAUGAAGAGAAGGACCUGGAUGACUCACCCGAUGAGUUGAUGCGGAUGCGCAACUCUUUACUGAAUAUGGACGGACUCGGAAUUGCUUGGUACACGACAGCGACCUCAUCCUACGUUAAGAAUGUCACAGGUCCUCGUCCCGCCCUCUAUAAAUCCCAAUCGCCGCCGAUCAACGACUUCAACUUCAAGUCUCUCUGCUACAACACCGAAUCACAAUGCGUCUUCGCACACAUCCGCGCCACAAGCGGCUCCGUCGUAACGCAAGUAAACAGCCACCCCUUCGUCUUCGGUCGCCACGUCUUCAUGCACAAUGGUGUCAUCUCAAACUUUUCCUCUAUUCGCCGAGAAAUGACGUCCCUCCUCUCCUUCGACGCAUACUGCAACGUACUUGGUAGCACAGAUUCUGAGCACGCUGCCGCUCUCUACAUCACAAAUCUUACAAACAGUGGUGGUAAAGAAAGCUGGGAGAAAGCAUAUCCCCUGAAGAAAAUGCAUGAAGCCAUGCAAAAGACCGUCAUUCAAAUUCUCACACUCCAAAAGAACCUACUCGGUGAAGCUAACACACCAAAUUCCUUGAAUCUCUGUACCACCGAUGGUACGAAGAUGCUCGCUAUCCGUUUUCGGAACCAUAUCUCACAGCAGCCACCGAGUCUGUACUGGUCAGAGUUCGCGGGCCGCACCCUGAAUACAAAGUACCCUGGUAACCCAGAUAAUAAGGAUGGUGGGAGCGCGGAUGCGGGCACAGAGAUUGGGGAAGCAGGCAUGAUGGGUAAACAUACUAUUAUCGCGUCUGAGCCCACAACAUAUGAUGAGAAAGAAUGGCACCUGAUCAAGAGAAAUUGCGCACUUAUGGUGGACGAAGAUGGCAUCGAGCGCGAAGAGGAGCUUCAAUAUGAUGAGGGUUUGAAUGCGAGAGAUCCAAAGUUUGAUGACAGAGUUGGGUCAAGCAAAUAG